AUGAGCUCAACUAUGCUAAAACCUCCUCAAAAACGAGUUCUCGGCGAUGCUACCAUCAACCGUCACAAUGUACUGCCGAAGUCACCCAGUACCGCAAAGAAGCGGAAGCUCGAAGCUGAACAGCCCACUAUCGGAAUUAAACCGUCCUCGCAGACUGGCAACAGGAAACUCAUUUCCUCAGGCCCUCGUCAAUCGCAGCAGAAAAGCCAGUUCGAGGAGGAAGUCUUGGAGAAGCUGACGCAGGACAUUUCAGGACUGAAGGAAAACAACUCGGAGAAAGACCAGCAGUGGGCUCGGCCAAGUUUGGAUAACUUUGACGCAUCGCGAGACAAUCUUUGCUUCCAGCAAAUUGAAGCGGAGGAAGGUACUAUAGGGGGCGGAAAGCAACCCGCGGUUAAGCUUUUCGGGGUUACUGAGGCUGGCCAUUCGGUUCUCUUACAUGUUACGCAUUUCCUGCACUAUCUCUAUGUGGCUGCCCCGGUCUCGUUUGCUCCAACGGACUGUGAAGGAUUCAAGGCAUAUCUCGAGCACGAAAUUGAGAUCCAUCACCCAGCUAUACAUUCAGUACAGAUGGUAAUGCGAGAAAACCUAUUCGGCUUUCAGGGAAACCAGAAAAGCCCCUAUUUGAAGAUCACAGUGACUGAUCCGCGACAUAUCAACAAAUUGCGAACGCUGAUUGAAACAGGCAAGGCGAAUUAUCGAGGAAUGUGGAGAGCCGAUGCUGAUGGGAUAUUGACCUUUGAUAAUAUAGAAUAUAUUUUACGGUUUAUGAUUGAUACAGGAAUAUCGGGCAUGUCUUGGGUAGAAGCACCGGCUUCCAAAUACCAAAUCCUCCCGAUGGUCGAGCGGAUGUCAAAUUGCCAAAUAGAAGCUACAAUUCAUUACCGUGACCUCAUUGCCCAUCCCAACGAUGGCGAGUGGGCAAAAAUGGCACCACUCCGAAUCCUUUCUUUCGAUAUUGAGUGUGCUGGUCGCAAGGGUGUGUUUCCCGAGGCCAAUCAAGACCCGGUAAUUCAAAUCGCCAAUGUCGUUACACGUUAUGGGGAAUCAAAACCUUUUAUCCGAAAUGUGUUUGUUUUGGACACAUGUAGCUUGAUUGUCAAUACCCAACUUUUGGAAUUCGACACUGAAGAAAAAAUGCUGAUGGCUUGGAAGAACUUCCUGGUGGAAGUUGAUCCAGAUGUUAUCAUCGGAUACAAUAUUGCUAAUUUCGAUUUCCCCUACCUUCUUAAGCGCGCAGAACAUCUCAAAUGUUCGGGAUUUCACUUCUGGUCCAGACUAAAACAUAUCCCUUCUCGGGUAGGGGACGCAAGAUUUUCAAGCAAGCAAAUAGGAAAUCGGGAAUCCAAGUCUACUAACAUUAGCGGUAGAAUUCAGCUUGACCUCCUUCAACUUGUUCAGCGGGAUUAUCAGCUGCGAAGCUACACCCUAAAUUCGGUAUGUGCGCAAUUUUUAGGAGAACAAAAAGAGGAUGUUCAUCAUACAAUGAUAACAGAACUUUUCAAUGGAUCCCCGGAUUCGAGGCGACGGUUGGCUGUUUACUGCUUGAAGGAUGCAUACUUGCCCCAACGACUUAUGGAUAAACUCAUGUGCCUUGUCAAUUAUACCGAAAUGGCGAGAGUUACUGGCGUGCCUUUCAAUUUCCUCCUUUCCCGUGGACAACAAGUCAAGUUUAUCAGUCAACUAUUCCGUAAGGCUCUCGAACAACAACUGGUUAUUCCCAACUUACGGAACGAAUCAACUAGCGAACAGUACGAAGGAGCAACAGUCAUCGAGCCUAUUAGAGAUUUCUACGAUGUUCCGAUAGCUACCCUUGAUUUCGCGUCUCUAUAUCCCAGUAUUAUUCAAGCACAUAACCUUUGUUACACCACUCUUUUAAAAAAGUCAACCAUCGACGCACACCAGAUGAAAGAAGGAGAAGACUAUAUCGUGACACCAAACGGGGAUAGAUUCUGCACGUCGAAAGUCCGCAAAGGACUCCUGACUCAGAUCCUGGAGGAACUUCUUGGAGCGAGAAAGCGUGCGAAGAAGGAGCUUGCAGUGGAAACGGAUCCGUUCAAAAAGGCUGUCUUGAACGGACGACAACUUGCUCUUAAAAUCAGCGCCAACAGCGUUUAUGGACUGACUGGCGCAACCGUUGGUAAACUGCCAUGUUUGCCGAUUGCCAGUAGCACGACUAGUUACGGCCGCCAAAUGAUUGAGAAGACUAAAGAAGAGGUAGAGGCUAAAUAUACCAUCGCCAACGGGUAUUCUCACGAUGCUAAAGUUGUGUACGGUGAUACGGACUCCGUAAUGGUUAAGUUUGGAAUGAAAGACCUUGCAGAGGCGAUGAAACUUGGCCAGGAAGCAGCUGAUUAUGUUUCAUCCAAGUUCAUUAAUCCCAUAAAAUUGGAGUUCGAGAAAGUGUAUUUCCCAUACCUCCUCAUCAACAAGAAACGCUAUGCUGGUCUCUAUUGGACCAGGCCAGACAAGUAUGAUAAAAUGGAUACCAAGGGAAUUGAAACAGUCCGCAGAGAUAACUGCCGUAUGGUGCAGACGGUUAUCGAAACUGUCCUCAGGAAAAUACUCAUUGAUCGGGACGUUGAUGGUGCCCAAAGUUAUGUGAAGGAUACGAUAUCUGAUCUACUCCAAAACAAAAUCGAUAUGUCUAAACUCGUGAUUACGAAGGCCCUCUCUAAAAAGGAUUAUACAGCGAAACAAGCGCACGUCGAGCUGGCAGAGAGAAUGAAGAAGCGCGACGCCGGCUCUGCCCCAACUCUGGGUGAUCGAGUUGCAUAUGUCAUUGUUAAAGGUGCUGGAGGAUCAAAGAAUUAUGAAAAAUCGGAAGACCCUAUAUACGUGCUCGAAAACAACAUUCCAAUAGACACGAAAUACUACCUCGACAAUCAGCUCGCGAAACCUCUCACACGUAUCUUCGAGCCCAUCCUUGGCGAAAAGAAAGCCGGUCAGUUGCUCACUGGAGAACACACUCGAUCCAUCUCAGUCGCAGCCCCGACAUUGGGUGGCCUGAUGAAAUUCACUAAGAAAACGCAAACCUGUAUGGGUUGCAAGAAGCCCCUUACCGGGAAAGAGGGCUCUGACGGCGCGGUUUGUCAGGAUUGUCGCCCGCGGCUCGGUGAGCUGUACACCAAAACUCUAACUAAAGUGUCUGAUCUGGAGGUGAGGUUCGGGCGCUUGUGGACGCAGUGCCAGCGAUGUCAGGGCAGUUUGCACUGUGAGGUUAUCUGCUCAAGCAGAGAUUGUCCGAUAUUCUACAUGCGAAUGAAGGCGAAGAAGGAUGUUGAGGAUGCUGAGAAGGAGUUAGCGCGCUUUGAUCACGACCUAGGGGCCUGGUGA